ACCUCUCAGCGCGCUUUGUGUUGCCCUCUUUCUCUUAAAACGCCCAAAACUCUCUCUCUCUCUCUCUCUCUCUCUUUCUCUCAGCCAUGGCUUUUGAUAUGGAUUCUGAUAGAUGCGUUGGAUUCAAACGAAGAAUCACGGAGAUCGGAGAUACCCAAGAGACACCGCCGCCACUACCGCCACAGUUCUCCACUUCUAUUUGUACAGAUAACCAGGAGGUCCAGGACGAUCAAGAAGAGCAAGAUUUCGCUGAGAACAAGAACUUGAGUCUCCUCUUCGACUCCAAGAAGUCCAAGUCUUCUUCUCAUUGUGAUGAAGCAUCUGAAAUCAUCACUAAAGGAAAUCAAGAACUGGGUUUUGCUUCUGGUGCUCAACAAAGUAGGGAAGUGCUGGGCUCUUUGGCUUCUGAGCCUUCUGGAACUGGGGAUUUUGUGAACAAGGUUGAGGAUUUCGGUGGAGAAGAGCAAAAGACUGAGAAUUGCGAGGCUGGCCAUGUCUGUGAUGGUGAAGCAAAGCAAGAAAAGUUUGAUAUAGAGAAGGGUGGGGCUGAAGAGACUGCCAAAGAAAGCUUGUUGUCUGCUUCUGCUGACAAAGAAGAGAAGCCCUUUGUGAAAAGUGAAGUGGGUGUUGAGGUAGGCUUUGCUACGGAAGAAAGUAAGGAGUUGGGAAAAGAAUUUGAAUCUGAAAGUCUCUUGGAAGUGAAAAAGAAGCAACUCUUGGAGAAGCUUGAAGUUGUGUUAAUGGCUGAAGAUAAAACCCAGGCGGAAAGAUUCACUGAUUUCGAGGGUUCUUUGAAGAUUGAAGUAAUCGAUCAAACUGCAUUGAUUGAUUUCAGUGACAAAUGUGCAGAGAGGAAAGGGAACAAGAAUGUGAAUCAAGAAGUGGAUGCAAAGAAGGCGAGGCGGUCACGUAGAAAGGCAAAAAAGGUUUUCGAGAUGAAUCGAAAGAAUGUUCUUGUGAGGGGUGAAACUGAAAAUGGGUGCAGAAAUAUUGGGGAUGGAACCAAGAAGAUAUACUCGAGGAAAGAGAUGGAGGCCCUGAGGUUCGCAAACAUUGUAGAGCAGCGCAAAAUUUGGAAAGUGAUAUACAACGGGCUCGGGGCUGCUGUGGCGAAGGAGUACGACGACUUGGCAAGCUCUAAGAACCAGAAGCAUGUCCGCGUGAAUUUUGAUCCUCGGCAGCGCUCCGCGAAGCAAGAAGAGGCCCCUGCAAUUCUCAGGGAAGCAUGUUCUGAAAAUAUGGACAGUGAUAUAAAAGACAUGGAGGGUAAUGAAACAGAAAGUCUGUCUCCCUUGGAUCCCACUUGCAGUCAGAGUGUUAGUGGUGAAUAUGGCUACACAGGUCUAGAAGAAGAUAGCAGAGAUGAUGAUGACAGUGAUGAAGAUUAUGCAAGCAUUCAGAAACCUGCCUUUUUGGUUGAAGGAGAACCAAAUUUUGAUUCUGGUCCACCAGAAGAUGGAUUCGAAUAUCUCAGACGUGUCAGGUGGGAAGCUUCUCAGAUUCCAAAAGUGAAGGUGGCCAAGUUUGAUAGAAGUAAAUUUAACAAAGAACAGAGUGUUUAUAUGCCCCAGAUUCCUGAUAUUGCCAGGUGUCCAGAACAUCUACUGCCUUUGAAACAAUGGGAGGAUGCAUUUCUUGCUGAUUUUUCAGAGCUACGGCUGGCCCUGUCAAGUCUUGAGGAUUCUAGUGAAGAACUUUCUGGAAAGCUGCAACCAAUGUUUGUUAUUCAUGAAAAAUGUCAUUCCCGCGACUUACCUUGGAUUCUUGAAAAUUUGGAUACUGAGGAAGUCCAUCCCAAGCAGCCUCAUGAUUUUUCCGGGCCUGAAAGCUCCGUUGAUCAGCCAUCUAUGUUGACUGCUGAAGACCAUGAUACCUCUCUGCCUUCAGAACAUUCAAGCCCAAAGACUUCUGCAGAUGAAAUUUCUGGCCCUCGGCUGUCUGCGAUCUUAAGAAUGGACUCUGUUGCUCGAGUGUCAACAUUGAAGAAACGCAUACGCUCGGUAGAGACCAUGAAUACUCUGUCGAGAAAUGAUUGUGUGUGGCUAUUCGCCCUAUGCGCAGCAGUUGAUACGCCACUUGAUGCCGACACUAUUGCUGCUCUUCGGAGCCUGCUUCGGAAGUGCGCCAUCUUGCGGGCUGCAAAGUCUGAACUUGAUGACAACGUUGUGAUGCUAAAUAUUCUGAUCACAGUUGCAGGCAGGUAUUAUGGGCAAUCGGAAAGCUGAAGCGUCCUGGGUUGUUAUAUCUGUUUCAUAAUUCAUGGACUUAAAUGUCUACGUCAAGCAGAGAGGAGAGCGGGAGAGGUGAUAUAUACGAGCUCACUUACAUUUUACAGUUGAGAUUGUGGCAGUAUAUUUUCUUCAUUUGCUUGCUGAGGAUGGUCCAGAAAUACAAGAAUUUGUUGUAAAAUUAAAUUAUUUUUAAUUUUAAUUAUUUGGAUUUUAAGAUAA